AUUUCAUUUGCAAAAGAGAUGUGUAUAUUUAUGUAUAUAUGCUUCCGGGCCGAAUUCACUUCAACAAAAAUCGAGACCAAAACGGAAUGAAUGCUUUGCCGUCGCCUCCUUUAUCAACUGCAUGCUUGUGCCACAAGCCAAAUUCCAUCUGCUGCGAAAUCGCUCCAUGCUCAAAUCAUCAAAACCGGUCUAGAACACUGCGAACCCCUGCCCAAUACCCUCGUAAACGUAUAUGGCAAAUGCGGCCUCGUUCAGGACGCCCGUCAGGUGUUCGACGGAAUUCCCCACAGAGACCUUGUGUCAUGGGCUUCCAUUCUCACUGCUCACAACCACGCCAACCUCCCACACAUAGCCCUUUCGAUCUUUCCCAACAUGCUCACACAUGACGGGUUGCAGCCUGACCAUUUCGUGCUUGCAAGCCUUGUUAAGGCUUGUUCUAACUUGGGUGCCAUCAAGCAAGGAAAGCAAGUGCAUGCCCACUUUGCUGUGUCCCCGUUUCAUGAUGAUGACGUUGUUAAGUCAUCUCUUGUUGAUAUGUACGCAAAAUGUGGUUUAUCUGAUAAUGCUCGGUCGGUUUUUGACUCGAUUUUUAGGAAAAAUUUAGUUUCUUGGACGGCUAUGAUAUCUGGGUAUGCUAGAAGUGGGCAAAAAUCAGACGCCAUGGAGUUGUUUCAUAGGAUUCCGGUUAAGAAUUUGUUUUCUUGGACGGCUUUGAUAUCAGGGUUGGCACAGAGUGGGAAUUGGAGUGAUGCAUUUUAUCUAUUUAUGGAGAUGCGGAGAGAAGGGGUUGAUAUUGUUGAUCCGUUCGUGCUUUCAAGCAUUGUUGGAGCUUCCGCUAGCUUGGCUAUGUUGGAUCUUGGCAAGCAAAUUCAUUGCCUAGUUAUGGUUCUUGGCUUUGAUUCUUGUUUGUUCAUUAAUAAUGCACUUAUAGAUAUGUAUGCAAAAUGUAGUGAUAUUUUAUCAGCGAGGAAUAUAUUUGAUUGUAUGCUUUAUCAGGAUGUCAUUUCUUGGACUUCAAUAAUUGUUGGGCUAGCUCAGCAUGGGCUAGCUGAGGAAGCAUUAUAUACUUAUGACAGGAUGGUUUCAGCUGGAUUACAGCCAAAUGAAGUUACUUUCGUUGGGUUGAUUUAUGCUUGUAGUCAUGUUGGUUUAGUUAACAGAGGUCGUUAUCUUUUAAAUUCCAUGAUCAAAGAUUACGGAAUAAGCCCUUCCCUUCUGCAUUACACGUGCUUGUUGGAUCUUCUCAGCCGAUCUGGACAUCUUGAUGAGGCAGAAAAUGUCAUUAAAACAAUGCCGUUCAAACCUGAUGAAGCUACUUGGGCUGCUUUCUUAAGUUCUUGUAGGCGCCAUGGGAAUGCACAAAUGGCUAUUAGGGUUGCUGAUCAUCUGCUGAACUUACAACCUGAAGAUCCUUCAACCUAUAUACUAUUAUCUAAUACCUAUGCUGGCCUUGGAAUGUGGGAAAAUGUAUCGAAGAUCAGAAAAUUGAUGUCAGCGAUGGAAUUUAGAAAGAAACCUGGUUACAGUUUCAUUGACUUUGGAAAAGAGAGUCAAGUGUUUUAUGCCGGGGAGACAUCUCAUUAUAUGAAGGAUGAGAUUUUUGCUUUGCUCAAAGAGUUGGAAGCAGAGAUGAAGAGAAGGGGUUAUGUCCCUGACACUAGCUCUGUUUUGCAUGACUUGGAGCAGCAAGAGAAGGAAAGACUGCUGUUUUGGCAUAGUGAGAGGUUGGCAGUUGCUUAUGGGCUGCUUAAGGCUGUUCCUGGAACAGUUAUACGGGUAGUAAAAAAUCUUCGUGUUUGCGGGGACUGCCAUACAGUACUGAAAUUUAUUUCCAGUAUUGUGAAAAGGGACAUUGUUGUCAGAGAUGCCAGCAGAUUUCACCAUUUUAAGGAUGGAAGGUGCUCAUGCACUGAUUUUUGGUGAUUUUGUGCUUGUGGGGCAGAAUCUUCCUUGCUUCAUUGCUUUUAUCUGCCAAAUCAAUCUAAUGUUCUGAACUUUGAGGUUGCUUAUGUAUUCCCUCAGUUAUGUACUUCGAAGACCUCAAGUAGAGUUAAUUUUUACCUACAUGUUGAACUUU